AUGGCCUCAACCCCUGCUCCGGCUCCGAAGCUAAACGGCAAGCCUCUGCGAAGCAAAGAGUACUUUGAUCAGCGCGCAGCCAGUGAGAUGGAACAUCAUCUUAAUUUCCCUCAGCGCACUCUACAAGAAACCAUGGCUUGCGCUUGCCGCAUAAUUGCAGCCAAGCAGGAAGAUGCAGGGCUCGCUGGUCAAAUCAGCGCUCGCUCCACACGCGGUGAUGGCUUCUACUGGACACUACGUUACGGCAUGGGCUGGGACGAGGCGAAGCCGGAAGACUUUAUCGAAGUGGAUGGCGACCUCAACACCAUUACUGGCAAUGGAAUGGCAAACCCGGCAACUCGAUUUCAUCUCUGGGUGUAUGCCGGUCGCCCAGAUGUCCAAAGUAUAAUACAUACGCAUUCACCUUGGGUACAAGCAUUAGUCGCCGCCCGACAGCCUCUUGUGGUCGCCCAGAUGGACAUGACACCUUUUUACGACGAUUGUGCCUUUCUGGCAGAUUGGCCUGGGUUGCCCAUUGCUGACCAAGAGGGUAUAAUUAUUACGGAAGCUAUCGGUACUAAGCGCUCUAUUUUACUCGCUCAUCACGGCAUGUUGACGGUUGGCUGUACUGUCCAAGAGGCUGCAUAUCUUGCCGUUAAUCUUGAACGCGCCGCUCGAACUCAAGUUCGGGCUAGCGUCUUUGGACCCUUGAAGCCUGUCGAUGGUGAUCUGGCACGCGAGGCGCGCGACUAUUUGCUGCGCCCCAAAGUCGUUGAGGGAACCUUUGAAUACUGGUUUCGCCAGACCCAGCCAAUUGCGCCACUGCUCAUUUGA